AUGGCAGCUACCAAUCAAUCAUCUGGAAAACCGGGAGGGGCUUUGAGUGAUGCUUUAUAUAGGGAGCUAUGGCAUGCUUGCGCUGGACCUCUUGUAACCUUACCUCGUGAAGGGGAACGAGUUUAUUAUUUCCCUGAAGGUCACAUGGAGCAGCUUGAGGCGUCAAUGCACCAAGGUUUGGAGCAACAGAUGCCUUCGUUUAAUCUCCCAUCUAAGAUUCUCUGUAAAGUGAUCAAUAUCCAACGCAGGGCGGAGCCCGAGACUGAUGAAGUUUAUGCGCAAAUAACCUUAUUGCCAGAACUGGAUCAAAGUGAGCCCAUCAGCCCAGAUGCACCUGUUCAAGAACCUGAAAAGUGCACAGUACAUUCAUUUUGCAAGACACUUACUGCUUCGGACACAAGCACGCAUGGUGGAUUCUCUGUUCUACGGAGACACGCAGAUGAUUGUCUUCCACCUUUGGAUAUGUCCCAACAACCACCAUGGCAAGAACUGGUUGCAACUGAUAUGCACAAUAACGAGUGGCAUUUUAGGCACAUUUUCCGAGGCCAACCAAGGCGCCAUUUGCUAACAACUGGGUGGAGUGUUUUUGUUAGCUCGAAGAAACUAGUGGCUGGUGAUGCUUUCAUAUUCUUAAGGGGGGAGAAUGAAGAGCUCCGUGUUGGUGUUAGGCGGCACAUGAGACAACAGACUAGUAUCCCAUCCUCUGUCAUUUCAAGCCAUAGCAUGCAUAUUGGGGUCCUUGCCACUGCUGCUCAUGCCAUUACAACAGGAACAAUCUUUUCUGUCUUCUACAAGCCAAGGACAAGUAGGUCAGAGUUUAUUGUGAGCGUCAAUAGGUAUCUCGAAGCUAAGAACCAGAAGCUGUCUGUUGGAAUGCGUUUCAAGAUGAGAUUCGAGGGUGAAGAAGCUCCUGAGAAAAAGUUCAGUGGCACAAUAGUUGGUGUUCAGGAAAACAAGUCUUCGGUCUGGCAUGAAUCUGAAUGGAGAUCGCUUAAGGUUCAAUGGGACGAGCCCUCAUCUGUAUUUCGGCCAGAGAAAGUAUCACCAUGGGAACUCGAGCCCCUAGUUGCAAAUAGUACACCUUCUUCACAUCCUCAGCCUCCACAAAGGAACAAACGACCGAGACCUCCGGGUUUGCCUUCACCAACCACCGCUCCAUCUACUACUGCCGUUACUCCAGAUGCUGUGUGGAAAUCCCCGGCAGACACUCCUUCACCGGUGCCAUUAUUCUCUCCUCCUGCUAAGACUGCUACUUUAGGUCAUGGUGGGAACAAAUCAUUUGGUGGACUUUCCAUAGGAUCAGGCUUUUGGCCUAGCCAUGCAGAUAGUGCAGCUGAAUCGUUUGCUUCAGCGUUUGACAACGAACCUGCUGAAAAGAAGCAAAGUAAUGGAAAUGUCUGCAGGCUUUUUGGGUUUGAGCUAGUUGAAAAUGUUAAUGUGGACGAGUGUUUCUCUGCUGCAUCUGUGUCCGGUGCUGGCGCUGUAGAUCAACCUGUCCCAUCCAAUGAGUUUGACUCCGGCCAGCAAUCUGAGCCGUUAAACAUCAACCAAUCCAAUAUUCCUUCUGGCAGUGGUGAUCCUGAGAAAUCCUCUCUGAGGUCUCAUCAAGAAUCGCAAAGUAGACAGAUACGUAGCUGCACAAAGGUGCACAUGCAAGGCAGUGCGGUUGGCAGAGCUGUUGAUUUGAGUAGAUCAGAAUGUUAUGAAGACCUAUUCAAGAAGCUGGAAGAGAUGUUCGACAUCGAGGGUGAACUCUUGAAAUCUACCAAAAAAUGGCAAGUUGUUUACACCGAUGAUGAGGAUGACAUGAUGAUGGUUGGUGAUGAUCCAUGGAAUGAGUUCUGUGGAAUGGUGAGAAAGAUAUUCAUCUACACACCUGAGGAAGUGAAGAAACUUUCACCAAAGAACAAACUCACAGUCAGUGUGAGGAUGCAACCCAAAGCUGAUGCAGAGGAAAAUGGGAACACGGAGGGCAGAUCAUCAUCUAUGGCUGGAUCAAGAUGA